ACCAAACACGUCGGAUCCCACCCCGAUUACUUCUCUAAUCUUCUUCCCCCCCAUUCCAACCCUAUUCCGACGUUCGCUCGUUCCCCUUUUCGGCCCCUCAUUGCGGCGCAAUACCUUUUAAGUUCGGCUCAGAAAGCCAACACCAGCGCCCGCCCAGCGAUAGAGGUUCUCGACACUCGUUCCAUUAUGGUGUCGCCCUCCCUUUCGAGCUUGGAGCAGCGAAAUCGCCUCCCUACGCUCUUCGAAGUCCUCAGUCGCCGGACUCUUGCCCCCGUCGAUCUGUUUUCUUUCUAUAUUUACAUGCGGGACCAACAGCGUUCGGUCGAUUAUCUGGAUUUCUGGCUCGAUGUCUCGCAACACAUGUCCCUCUGCCGUCAUUACGUUCGAGAGUUACGGCGAUCAGUCUUGGUGGCUACGCCUGAUCUCGAAAAGGCCGACAGCAAAGGCUCUUCCGCCGCCUUGGAGAAUUUCGAACAUUUCAACGAUAUCCCGCUUGUUGAAGCGGGUCCUUCCUCUUCGCGGCAUGCCCUACAUGACGUCGAAGAUCGGGAUGCCGAUCAAAGGCUGUCGGCAUUCCUCCGCUCUGAAGGCCACACUUCCGGACACUCCCCUCAAAGCAGCCUCGGGUCGCAGAAUGCUGCUGCUGCUGCUGCUGCUCGCACCACAUCUUUUGAGCAGCCGCCUCGUGACAGCUCGGGAACACGGAAUGACUCGCCGUCGCCAGGUCACACCGUGGCACGUGCCGAUAUUCGCGCCAGCGCAGAGAAGAUCCUUUAUACGUACCUUCUCCCCGGUGCAGAGAGAGAAAUUGUUCUGCCGGAGGAGAUGGUGUCCUCCAUCAUCAAUCUGAUUGAAGACGACGGCAGAGACGACCCCGAAGUGUUUGAUCCGGCCAAAGACUAUGUUUUCCAAGCAAUGGAGCGCGACGCUUUCCCAGGGUUUUUGCAGGCCAAGGCCUUGGGAAAUCUGGUUCCGUUGACGAUCAUCGCUCGGUUGGCAUUCGCCUUGAUUAGCUUUGGUGGCGGCUUUUGGGGUGCGUUCUACGUGGUUCUCCGCGAUAAGCCAAGGCACAUUCGUUGCUGGUUAAUACUGCCUUUUGCCGUGGCCUCCUACUUCAUCGUGUCAUACCAGUACAAGAUCGAUCCGGUCAUGGCAUUCCUCGGCUACAGCGAGUACACCUUCAUGAAUUGGUCGCCCAUCCGCGAACCAUAUGUGCGCAAGCUGCUGAACAAACGAUCCACCGCCACCGCUCUCAUCGCCUUUUUCGUUGCCGCCGCUCUGAGUAUCUUGUUCAUCUUCGUGCCCGGUACUAUGCUCUAAUCUCAGCAAUAUUGCGUAUACCCCACCGGUUUCGUCUUGAAAUCCAUUUCGAUUUUCACGGCCGCGUGACCCCGCUUUUGGGUAGCAUAUAUGUGCAUUUAUCUCUUUCUG